GUUGAAAUCUUUUAUAACCAGAGGAUAAUUUAGGUACUUAACUCGAAGAAGGCUGUUGGAAGGCAUUUACAUCAUUAGAUGGCAGCAUAUAUCACUAAAAGUUUUAUUCUUCAGUGCGUGUGAAGUACAAUGACAAGCUAGGUUUAAUAUAUCUACGGGUUCUGAUGGUGAUCACACAAAUGUCUGAAAGAUCGUACCUCAGAAGCCACAACAAACAUAGGUGUAUUUAUUCAAGUAGGUCAUCAGUCGACCCGGAGGAAAACACAAUGUGGAAUAAAAAUGCUUAAUAUAUAUUAUUGGUGUGUUGCAACUAGAGGUGUCAAGUAAUAGAUAGAUUUAAUAGAAUAGACACAUUUUUACCACCAAACAAUCUAUCGCAGAGAAAACAGAAGAAUUGCAAUAUUUAGAAAAUAUUAUACCAAAAUAUAUUUGCAUUCUUUUUAGUGCACUGCAAAUACACUGAAAGAUCCUCUACAUGUAUUUAACCUUUGACAAACUAUAUCUAAUCAAUAACAGGCAGUAGUUUGAUCCAAAACCAUGAAGUUUCUGUCAUGUUUAAUCACUGCCUGUCUGCAGUACAAGCAUUCAACAGACUGCUAAUUAGUGGAAUCCUCACCCUCACCCUUUACUGAGAAAGAGUAACACAGGCGAAACUGAAUGAUAAAAACAUGCUUGGCAUGUUCACAGGAGCCACCUCUUUAAGGUUUGGGCUUGAACCAUACCUGCCACGUUGAAUCUGUUGUGUAAAACGAGGGUGGAACUCUGUAUGGGUACAUUCUUGACAACUUGUAGAUCAUGCAGAUAUCAUUGUUCUCUGUCUUGUGACGUUGGCAGAUACAACGGAAGUUCUUUACACUUAUUAUUGGUGUUUUUGUUGUCCGUUCUAAUUGCCCAGCCAAUGAGUAGAAAGUUUAUUUUUAUGGAUAAGAAAGAGCUGAAUGGCAUUUCAUUCUUUUCUUUUUUUGCAUCCUUUCAUUUCUUUUUUAGGACACUGUAAUAUUUGUCCACAUGAACAAAGCUUCUUUAAAAAAUAAUGCUGCUGUUAAUUGUCAUGUGGCAAUAAAUAAAUUACUUGGUGAGAAUCACUUUACAACUCAGCACUACAUUAGAGCAUGUUUUUUUUUUCCACUCAAUGCAAAGCUUAGUUUUGUUGUGUCUUCAUGCAGCAAAUGCACACUGGGAAAGCCCAAGAGGUUUACUAUCAGAGAAUGCAAAGAGUCCGAGAAAAAAUGGAGAGAGAAAUAAUGACACAGCCAAAUCCUUAUAAGAGGAAGGUCAGAGUGUGUGUGGCAACAUGCAACAGAGCAGACUACUCCAAGCUGGCCCCCAUCAUGUUUGGGAUCAAAUCUCACCCUGAUGAUUUUGAACUGGAAGUUGUCGUGCUUGGUUCACAUCUCAUUGAUGACUAUGGGAACACAUUUCGGUUAAUUGAGCAGGAUGACUUUGAUAUUGGCUCCAAGCUGCACACCAUUGUUAGAGGAGAGGAUGAAGCAGCUAUGGUAGAGAGUGUUGGGUUGGCAUUGGUGAAACUUCCUGACGUACUGCAGCGGCUCCGUCCCGACAUCCUUGUAAUCCAUGGUGACCGCUUUGAUGCUCUUGCUCUGGCAACUGCUGCAGCUUUAAUGAACAUUAGAAUACUUCACGUGGAGGGGGGAGAGAUCAGUGGUACAAUUGAUGACUCGAUUCGCCAUGCCAUCAGUAAACUGGCCCAUUACCAUGCCUGCUGCACACCCAGAGCAGAGCAAUAUCUUAUCGCCAUGUGUGAAGACCACUCACGCAUCUUGCUAGCUGGCUGCCCUUCAUAUGAUAAGCUGCUGUCAACUCAUCACAAAGAUAACUACAUGGAUAUCAUCAAGAGUUGGCUAGGUGCUGACGUGCAGGACCAUGACUACAUUGUAGCUUUGCAACACCCAGUCACCACAGACAUCCAGCACUCAAUUAAGAUCUACGGACUGAUGCUGGACGCACUGGUCUCUUUUAACAAGAGGACGCUUAUUCUCUUUCCAAACAUUGAUGCUGGUAGCAAGGAGAUGGUGCGUGUAAUGCGGAAGAAAGGCAUCGAGCAGCACCCCAACUUCCAGGCAGUGAAGCACAUUCCGUUUGAGCAGUUCAUCCAAUUGGUGUGUCAUGCUGGCUGUAUGAUUGGAAACAGCAGCUGCGGAGUACGUGAGGCCGGUGCAUUCGGCACACCAGUGGUUAACCUUGGGACCAGACAAACAGGCAGAGAAACGGGUGAAAAUGUUCUACAUGUGAGGGACGCUGAUACUCACAAUAAGAUCUACCAUGCCCUGGAGCUGCAGUUUGGAAAGCGAUAUCCCUGCUGCAAGAUUUAUGGUGAUGGGAGUGCAGUGCCUCGUAUUCUCAAGUUCCUUCGCACCAUUGACCUGGAUGAACCCCUGCAGAAGACAUUUUGUUUUCCCCCAGUAAAAGACUCCUUUUCACAAGACAUCGAUUACAUCCUGGAGACACAGAGUGCUCUGUCUAUUGACCUGGGGGGGACAAACCUGCGAGUGGCAAUUGUUUGCAUGAAGGGUAAAAUUGUGAAGAAGUACACCCAGGCCAAUCCAAAGACCUAUGAGGACAGAAUGCAGCUCAUAUUAAAAAUGUGUUUUGAUGCACUGCGGGAUGCCGUUGGCCUGAACUGCAGAGUACUAGGUGUUGGAGUGUCCACAGGCGGACGUGUCAACCCCCAGGAUGGCUUAGUCCUACACUCAACAAAGCUCAUUCAGGAGUGGUCAUCCGUAGACCUCAGAACACCUAUUUCCGACGCCCUGCACCUCCCUGUCUGGGUCGACAAUGACGGAAACUGCGCUGCACUGGCUGAGAAGAAAUUUGGCCACGGCAAAGGAGUGGAAAACUUUGUGACAGUCAUCACAGGCACAGGUAUUGGAGGAGGGAUAAUCCAUCACAAUGAGCUGGUCCACGGCAGCACCUUUUGUGCUGCAGAGCUGGGUCACAUCAUGGUUUCAUUAGAAGGUCCAGAAUGUUCCUGUGGCAGCCGUGGUUGUAUAGAGGCCUACGCCUCUGGUAUGGCCCUGCAGAGAGAGGCCAAAAGACUGCAUGACGAGGACUUGCUGAAGGUGGAAGGUAUGGACAUGAAGCUUUCAGAGCCAAUCACUGCUGCCCACCUCAUCACAGCAGCCAGACUGGGGAACUCCAAAGCAGAUGCUGUUCUACAUAAGGCCAGCACAGCUCUGGGAGUGGGCAUCAUCAACAUCCUCCACACAGUCAACCCCUCGCUCGUCAUUCUGUCUGGAGUUUUGGCUUCUUACUACCAAAGUUCGGUCCAGCGCAUUGUCAGCGAGAGAGCACUCUUCUCUGUUCAAUGUGUUAAAGUUACCACAUCAGACUUGGAGGACCCUGCAUUACUUGGGGCUGCUAGCAUGGUGUUAGACUAUGCCACAAGAAGAACGUAUUGAAGGAUAUUAUUUGGUUUUACUACACACCACUGUCUAUCAGUGUGGAUUUACUGCCUGAAUAAAUGCAUAUGAGAUGAAUUUCACAUGUUGAAAUGGUGAGCAUUGUAGCAUUGUAGCAUUGUGUAAAUGUUAACCACAUUUCUGCUGAUUGUUGAUCAUUUUAGUAUGUUAUAGUAUUUAAUGCAAGCUCAUCAGCCUAUAAGACUGAAUUGUUUAAUUAUACUCUUUGGUGCGGAGUGGGCUGAUUUGGCUGGCCAAUCUUAAGAAUUUUUGUCUACUAUUCUAUACAGGAAAGACAUGACAGAACUGACCCACUUAUAUUGUAUUUAAAAGUACAAUAAGAUACUGACUGAAAAUAUUCAAUAUAUCAAUACAUUCUCCUAUGUUGUAUUGGACAUCUGCCUUGUUAGUAUUUUUGAUUUGACUAUCAAUUGUUAUCCUGUGUUCACUUACAGAUUGUUACGUCACAUUCCCAUGUUGUUAUUCAUUUUUUUAUUUUUUUAUUAAGAUAUAGGAAAGCCCCUGCCAUUUAUUCAAAUGGUUUGAAAUAACUGAUAUUGUCCUAUUUGCUUAUUUGUAUUUGUUUUAAUUAUGGUAUAGGCAACCUCACAAUCCAUCCAUCCAUCCAUAUCCAUAUUCAAAUGAUGAAAAAAAAAGCCUGAUGUCUGUAACAUUUCUUUUAUUCGAUUACUUCAUUGUGCCGUUGUGAUUUUGUUCGAUUUGGUUGGUUUUUUUGGGCAACCCAACUCAAUCUGAGCAACAAUUUUUAAAAUGAAUUGAUUUUCUUUUUCUGUUUAACAAUUUUUCCAAAGAUGUCCUAUUUCUUUCCAACUGUCCUUAUAAAUAAUGUAUAUUGACUUACUUCAAAGGUAAUGCAAUAUAAUAAAUGUUUAAUUUCAACAUUUAAAAA